AUGACAGAAUCAAAAACAUCAUCAACUAAUUCUCUAUUAUCAAAAGCAUGGGUUUAUUAUGAACAAGGUCCAAUAACACAAAUACUUCAACAAACAAGUAUACCUAUUGAUACUGAAUUAGGCUUAAAUGAAUUGAUUAUUGAAAUAAAAGCGGCUGCUCUUAAUCCAGUGGAUAUUCAAAUUGGUAAUAUACCACAAUGGAUUGCUAAUUGGAUAUUGUUUACUGGUGUUAAUAAACCCAAAGUUCCUGCUGCAGAUUUUUCUGGUAUUGUUUAUAAAAUUGGUAAUAAUGUAACUAAAUAUAAAAUUGGUGAUGAAGUAUUCGGUUUAAAUUUCUCAUUAACUGGUAAUGGAUGUCUUAGUCAAUAUAUAAAACUAUCAGAAAAUCUACCUACUUUAACUCAUAAACCAGCUAAUUUAUCACAUAUUGAAGCAGCUGCAAUACCACUCGCUUUUCUUACAGUCUAUACAGCAUUAAAUAAUUGGGGUGGUUUUCAAAAUGAUGAUACAACUGAUCAAAAAGUACUUAUCCUAGGUGCAUCCGGUGGUGUUGGCCAUAUUGCAUGUCAAAUGGCACGAGCAAUGAAUAAAUAUGUGGUUGGAGUAUGUUCAACUCGAAAUAUUGAAUUUGUUAAACAAAUGGGUGCUAAUGAAGUAAUCGAUUAUACAAUCAAUGAUAUUGUUUCAGCAAGUAAAGAAUAUGGACCGUAUGAUAUUAUUCUUGAUUGUGUUGGUGGAACACAAUUGAUUCCAUAUCUUAAUUCAGAUUUUCUUAAAUCAAAUCAGUCAAUUUAUUUGACAAUUGUUGGUGAUAAAACAUCACGAGGAGUUAUGGGUGGUGUAGCAUCUUAUAUAUUUACACCUGCAAUGGUUUUUCGAUCUUUAAAAUCAAUGAUUGGUCUUGGACCACGAUAUUAUUGUAUUAAUUUAUCAUUAACAGAAGAGAAUACAAAUCAAAUGGUUUCUAUGCUUCAAAAAGGAAUGAUUAAACCCGUCAUUGAUUCAGUAUUUGAAUUUAGUAAUCAUGUAAAACAAGCUUAUGAACGUUUAGAUACUGGUAGAGUGAAAGGAAAAGUUGUAAUAGAUUUUGAUAAAUAA